AUGACAGAUUUUGAUAACCCAGUGAAGAACACAUUUUUAGUAUGGGAUUAUAUUAUUUUUGCUGCUCUUUUUGUAAUUUCUUCUGGAAUUGGAAUCUAUUUUGCAAUCACUGAGAGGAAGAAGGCAACUUCAGCUGAUUUUUUAGUUGGUGGAAGACAGCUGACUUGUGGACCAGUGGCUUUAUCCCUUACUGCCAGCUUUAUGUCAGCAGUAACUGUUCUUGGAACUCCAUCUGAAGUAUAUCGCAAUGGAGCAUCAUUUUUUUGUUUCGCUAUUGCUUAUGCUUGUAUGGUCUUACUCACUGCUGAACUUUUCUUACCAGUUUUCUACAAAUCUGGGAUUACAAGUACAUAUGAGUAUUUGGAACUGAGAUUCAGUAAAAAUGUUCGUCUUGCAGCCACAUUGAUAUAUAUACUGCAAACGAUAUUAUAUACAGGUGUUGUAGUGUAUGCACCUGCUCUGGCUCUGAAUCAAGUGACUGGAUUUGAUCUAUGGGGAGCAAUAUUUGCUACAGGAAUCGUUUGUACUUUCUACUGUACCCUGGGUGGAUUGAAAGCUGUUGUGUGGACAGAUGCAUUCCAAAUGGUUGUCAUGGUUGUGGGAUUCUUAACCGUUCUAAUCCAAGGAACUAUAUUGAAUGGUGGGCCAACUGCUGUAUGGGAAACUGCUAGAAAUGGAUCACGACUAGAUGUUGUUGACUUUGAUCCAGAUCCUUUAAGGAGACACACAUUUUGGACAAUAUCAGUAGGAGGUACCUUCACAUGGUUGGGUAUCUAUGGAGUAAAUCAGUCAACUAUUCAAAGAUGUAUUUCUUGCAAAUCAGAAAAACAUGCAAAACUGGCCCUCUAUUUGAACCUUCUUGGACUCUGGAUAAUUCUAGUAUGUGCCGUUUUUUCAGGGCUUAUUAUGUAUGCACAUUAUAAGAACUGUGACCCAUGGACUGCCGGGUUCAUAUCUGCCCCUGACCAGCUAAUGCCUUAUUUUGUUUUGGAUAUACUGGGAAAUAUGCCAGGACUUCCAGGACUAUUUGUUGCGUGUGCUUUUAGUGGGACACUAAGCACCGUUGCUGCCAGUAUUAAUGCCCUUGCAACAGUAACUUUUGAAGAUUUGGUCAAGAAGUGCUUUCACAACUUGUCAGAUAAACAGUCAACCUGGAUCAGCAAAGGCUUAUGUAUAAUUUAUGGGAUUGCCUGCACUUCAAUGGCUGUGGCAGCUUCCUUGAUGGGUGCUGUAGUGCAAGCUGCCCUCAGCAUUCUUGGGAUGUGUGGUGGCCCCAUGCUGGGAGUAUUUUCUUUAGGAAUCCUUAUUCCUUCAACAAACUGGAUUGGUGCUCUUGUAGGUCUUGGUUGUGGAAUAUCUCUAUCUUUCUGGGUGGGAAUAGGAGGAUUCAUUUAUCCUUCCCCUCCUUCCAAAGCACGUCCUUUACCCUUAAGUACAGCUGAAUGUAUCCGAAUAAACAUGACAGAUUCUUUUACCACAGCAGCAGUAUCUACUGUGCCUCCUUUCAGGCCACCACUGGCUGACUCCUGGUACUCCUUAUCCUACCUCUACUACAGUGCGAUUGGAUUCUUGGCAACAGUUGUAGUUGGAUUGCUUGUGAGUUUUAUUUCAGGACGCAUUCAUGGAAAAGACAUAAAGCCAGUUUUAAUUCAACCAGUUUGCAAUCUGCUUUGCUUCUGGUCAGACAAGUACAAGAAGAUGUGCUGGUGUGGAGUACAGCAUGAUGAAGUAAUGUCUGAGGAGGAGAUCAAAGCAGAAUUACCUACAGAAAUAGUUGGAAAUGGAUUCAGCAAAGAACCACAAGAAAAGCUACCAGGAUAUAUUUCUCAAGAUAAUGCAUAUGUUAACGAUGGCUAUGAGAAAGAGACUUAUUUCUAG